UGUCAGUGUCAGUAUACCAUGGUAUACUAGGAGUCCGAGGCACCGAGGUUGGGGUGAGAGCUGAGCUCUGCCGAGCAGGUGACCCAUUCGCGGCGGGCUUUUAUACACGUAUACGUGUUCUAGACGAUGGUGAUGGUGGUGCGAAUUUUUCAGCAACUGUGAUUACGCGAGUUGUGGUAGCUUGGUGGUGUUGGCUGGUGUAAAACCCCAAGGCACAAAAAAAACAAAAACAAAACAACGAGCAACAAGAAAAUGCUGCUGGACGACGUGAUCUACGUGUGCCUGUUGUUGCUGUGCAUCGGCUUCGGCAAGUUCUACCGGUCGAUCGAGUGCCCGCGUCAACGCCAAUGGCUCGGCACGGCUUUCGGCUUCGGUCUCGUGGCCUGCGUCUCCGGCACUCACAUAGCCCAUCCCCUCGUCUGCACCCUCGUCAACGGCCUCAUCAUAACUCGCCUCUCGCCCAAGGUGUGCCACCUGUACAGCUUUUUCUUCUCGUUCUUCUACCUCCUGGUCGUUUUCCGGCUGUCGGAAUGGAUCGGCCUGCCGCGACCCCCGGGCCACGCCAACCUCAUCCAGAUGAUGCUCACCCUCAAGCUCGCAGGUCUGGCGUUCGAGGUCAACUCGGCUGCCCACCCACCCGAGGACGACCUCCAAGGAGCUAGCUCCGCUGCCCUCGCCAAGAUCGGCUUCAUGGACGUCUUCCACUACGCCUUCAGCUACGUCGGUGUGCUCACGGGACCUUACUAUCGUUACCGGACCUACUGGGACUCGCUGCAUCGGCCCUUCGCGGCCAAGGCCGACCACUGGGCUCACACCCAGAACAAGCUCAUACAGAUCAGCUGCUUCACCGUCAUCUUUCUCCUCUCAAAUUACUUUUUCCCCGCCAAGUACGCGCUGACGGACGAGUUCGCGGAGAGAUCGCUGCUGUAUCGGAUCUGGUACAUCUAUCCGACCUUCGUCACCUUCCGCAUGCGGAUGUAUAUCGGUAUGAUGAUGUCCGAGUGCGUCUGCCAGAUGGCCGGCUUGGGAGCUUACCCCGUCAGCUGCGAGCCGGCGUCCGGACUCGGUCCCAAGGACUACAGAAAAACCGUGGCUCUUUCAAACGAGCCAAACUCGAUCAAGCCGGAGGACUUGGACUUUGAGACGGUGCACAACAUGAACGUGUGGGCGGUCGAGAAGUGCUUCCUCGUGCGCGAAGCCAUGAAACGGUGGAACACCUGCGUCCAGUACUGGAUGGCCGUCUGCGUGUACAAGCGCUUUCCCCACAGGGGCUUGAGGACCAUGGCCACCCUGACCCUGUCGGCCCUCUGGCACGGCUACGCGCCCGGCUAUUACCUCUGCAUCUGCCAGAUCACCCUCUACCUGCCCAUGGAGGACAUCUGGGUCAAGUUUUACAAAGCCAGUCCCGAGGGCAGUCCGACAAAAACGGCCCUGCACUGUCUGCUGUGGUUCUCACGUAUGUCUUGCAUGUCCUACCUCGGACUGUCCUUCCAACUGCUGGAGCUCAACGAGACGCUCACCUUCUACAGGAGAGUCUACUUUUUGGGGCAUUUGGCAGUGCUCGCACUCUAUGUGAUAGGACGACUAGUCCGGCCUUACGUAUCUCUCGCAGAUAGCCAUCAGCAGAAAAAAAUCGUCGCCGACGUUAAGAAGCACAGUUAGAAAUUAGACAUUCACACACACAGAGAUAUUUACUUACUUGCGUGUACGUACGUGACGGCUCUAUGAUCGGUAGUACGGUAGAUAUAAUAACGACGCGUCCUCCUUUUCAUCUCCCAAAACAACCGGACCUGUGACAUUUUUUUCUUCCUUAUCAGCAUCUUGUAUAGAGGUAGGUACUUAUUUUCGAGCAUUUUUCAGGGUUACUUACAUACAAGGUCAUUUAGCCGGAGGUUAAAUACUUUUGCGCACCGUGUCAUCAAAGUAACAGUCCUAGUCCAAAAUAUACCCGUUGUGUAUGUAUAUUAUAUACGAGCAAGGAGCUUGUUGUAAUUCUGUCGUGGGCUGUUUUACGCGAUACUCGAGGGUGUAAGUAUUUAUUCAACGCUCGACUAUUCCAAUUUGAUCUGAUUCUUUGUAAAUAGUCAAGAUUUUAAUUUACCCAAUUUUGAGGUAUGUCAAUGCUUUUGUGCGAUUCGAUACGAUGUUUCAGUAUUUUUAUUUGUCGAUCUAUUGUAAAAUUAUGUUUGAUUUCAUUGAGAGUUAAUGAAAACGGACUUGGGCUGUUCUUUUAACCAAUGAUGAUGCAUCAGCAUUUAGAAACUCUUGGCGGUAGACGAUAUCCUUUUUCCUUUUGUUUUUGCAAUAUUUGUAAAUACACACAUUAACAUAUGUAAUGCAAAAGAAUCGUGUGAGUUGUGUCACACUUGUUCAAAGUAAAAAAAGCCAAUACUUACAAAAAGGUUUAAUUAUGCGUUGUUUGGCUUGAAUUGACAAAAAUAAUUAUUUAUACUGCGUGUAAUUUGAAAAUCAAUACUUGUAAAAAUUUUAUGUUUCUCAUAAGGACAAUUCAUUUCUGUUGAUCGCGCUAUGAAAAUUCAAUAUUUGAUUUUUGCGAUUAUUCUUAUGACGAAAUAAAAAUCUACAUUAUCUAAAUAAUCUAUUUAUGUACAUAUUAAGAAUAAGUUACGUAAAAUUGAAGAAAGCAAAAAUAAAAAUAAUCACUUACUCUACUUUCAAAAUGAUGUUUCACCAACAAGUCAAUAAUAUUAAAUUAAGACUGUUUUCUAUAACAUAUUUCUACUUUGGAUUUACGUUUGAAUAAAUCUUAUUUUAAUUCUAUAUUUUACUUAAAAUAAUUUUUUAAUAUAAAUUUUAAUCGCGGAAC